AUGAGCGUAGGAAAAGGCGUUGCAUUAGUUGCAACAUUAAUAUAUAAACAUUAUGCUCAUACAAAAUAUAAUAGAAAUUAUAUUCAAUCGGUUGAUAAAUUUGAAGAUUUAACUGUACAAAUACUUGAAAAACUUUAUGAAGCAAAUCCACACGCAUGUUUAAAAUCAAUUAUACGACAAAUACCAUCUUAUGCUGAUGCUAAAGAAUUUAUUGUUCAUCGAGCUGUACAAGAUCUAUUUAAUGAUAUUUGGUUUGGAUAUAUUAAAGAAUCAGUAUCUUAUUUAAAAAUCUUUUUUUCUACAUUUAUAUUAUGUACAAAAGCAUCAUCAGCACGAAACGCUGUUACAAUUUAUUUUAAAUCAUACUGGAAUAAAUUAGAUGUUGUGGCUAUAAUUCUAUUUUUCGUGGGUAUUGUAUUUCGAUAUAUUUCAAUAUCAGAAUGCUUUUGUGCAGGACAGAUUGUUAUAUCAUUUGAUUUAUCUAUUUGGUUUAUACGUACAUUGGAUAUGUUUACUGCUGUAAAACUACUUGGGCCUAAACUUGUUAUGAUUGGUGAAAUGGUACAUGAUUUAAAAUUUUUCAUGUUAAUGUUCUUUGUAUUUAUACUGGCAUUUGGUGUUCAAGAAUUUACUUGGUAUUUACCAUGUAAAAUUAUAAAUUUUGCUUAUUGGCAUAUAUUUGGUGAAAUAAAAGGUUUAGAAAUAUUCGAAGAAAAUUUUAAAGCAAAUGGUUAUACAGCGUUUAUCUUAUUGCUUGGUUAUAUGACUAUUGUUAGUAUACUCUUAUUCAAUCUACUUAUUGCUAUGUUCAGUAAUACUUUCGAUCGUCUUCAAAGCAAUGCAGAUCGUAUUUGGAAAUUUCAACGAUAUUCAUUAGUGUGUGAAUAUUUAUCACGUCCAUCGUUUCCAUCACCUUUCAUUUUCUUGUCUCAUUUUGGACGAUUAACUUUGUAUACAUUAACUAAAUGUUAUAAAAAGAGUCAAGCUCUUAUGUGCAAUUAUCUUGAACACUUGAUAGAUGAUUCAAAAACCAACAAUGGUAAACGUAUCAAACUACCUGAACGACAUCGUUUAGAUUCUGAACGAUCAUUUGAGGAAAUGAAGCACAAUAUUAAUAAAUCACGACAAACGUAUCAACGAGAAUCAUUGUUUGAUGAUGAUCGUAUUCAUUAA